AUGGCUGCUGACCUCAAAAGAGUUGCGGAAACUGAUAUGCUUGGAUACCGCAAGGGCGAUAGGUACCUUUCAUCAAUUGUCACAAAUGGCAUCAAGAACAUUGCAGCAAAGCCGCAGUUCAUUAAUGAUGAUUCGAAUGUCGAGCUGAUCUUUCUGAGUGAAACAGUGGGCGAAUCAUCGCUUGAGUCUCCACAGGAUUCGGUAGCCGACUUAUCAGCCAUGAUUGAAACAACCGCUGGAGAGGUGUAUUACAUGAUGCAAGCAGUUGUGAACUCAGCAGUUCCAGACAAUAUGAAACAACUCAGGCCUGUAGACAACCUGAACGCCGGGCGGGCACAGAUUUCGGACAUGCUGGCCGUGAUCGGACAAGAUAUCAAUCUGACGGCCUCCUCGAUGUUUGACAACGAGAGGGCCUACUUGUACCAGAGGAUGCAGAGGAAGUUAUCAUACGAGCUAGCUAAUAGAAAGAACACAACAAAGGAGGCAGCUAAAAUGGCCGAACGUCUGGCACAAAAAAUGCAAGACGUACUUAGGGUAUGUCUGGUCUGUGACAAUUCUAACAACACUAAAACAGAGCAGUUGAUACGUAAGAACACCGCUAAGCUCCUAGCCAACUCGACAACGACAACAAAGACUUCGGAAUUUAAGCUUGACGGGCUUGCAGAAGCAGUUGGACCAGACGGGCAAGGUAGUGAAGAAGACGUGUCCGUAUCUGCAAUAGAGUUCACAGAAAAUGUGUACAUGUAUGAUACCGACGGCACGUCAAGCUUCGUGACGUCUAAUAUUUUGAGAAUAGACACAAAAACGAAGUACCGUCGAAUCACACCGAAUAGAAUGACGUUUUCACAAAACGCCGAAACACCCAUCCCAACCACGAUAACACCGAACGAUACAGUCAUAGUAGAAGACGCAUCGGAAUUUUCCUAUCACAGAUUUGUGUAUGGCAAAUCCACUGACAAUAUGACAUGGAGACCAAGAGAGAACAAAAUAGACUGUCGAUGUACUAACAUCACAGACCUGGUGUUCGCCAAUUCAUUUUUCGUUGCUCCAAAUUCAAUUGACUUUGCCACUGUGUUUCUGAAGUUCUCACCACUAAAUCAGGCAGCAGUGGUGGGGACCUUUUCGUGUCUGUUGGUUCUUUACAUAAUUGGCGUUGUUGUCUUUGCAAGAAUGGAUAGACGGGAUAGGCUUAAGUGGGGCAUAACUGCACUGCGCGACAACCGGCUCACGGACUCAUCCUAUUAUUUGAUACGGGUUCUAACGGGCAUGCGGAAAGGGGCUGGUACAAGGUCGCGCAUAGCUUUUGUUUUGACGGGACUAACUGGCGACACAGGAUCUCGGGAGCUGUUUGAUGGAGUUAGGGAGGAAUUCAGCACUGGAAGUGUCAUGACCUUCUUGAUGGCGACGCGCAAGCCUUUGGGACCGCUGAUGCACAUGUGCAUUUGGCAUGAUAACUCAGGAGAGGGUGACAACGCUUCCUGGUACCUGAAUCAGGUGUCUGUGUAUGACGCUCACACAAAACAAGCAGGAGAUAAAGAACCUAAAGAGAAAAAACGUGAUUUCAGAUACACGUUCGUCGCUGAGAAGUGGAUCUCUGUUGAAACAGAAGUCUUUGUGAAUAUGAAUGCAAAGAGUGGAAAUGAACCCAUCGAGUUCGAAAACAGGUUAUUCUAUCAGACCCGAUACCGACUGUCAGAAAGUCAUAUGUGGGUCUCCAUUUUCUACCGGCCACAAAUCAGCCCCUUCACUCGUGUCGAGCGUUUGUCGUGCGCCCUUGUCUACAUCUGUCUCACUAUGAUUGCUAACGCCAUGUUCUAUGAACCGGAAGCCGACUACGAGACCCAGCCUUUAAUACAAGCGGGACCGUUCCGCUUCACAGCACAACAAAUAUUUGUGUCCAUAAUAUGCUCUCUUAUUACAACACCGCCAGUGAUGCUGCUGAUGUUCAUAUUCAAGCGAACAAAGCGGCGCCAGGAUAUGCUUUGUAAAUGUUGUACUUGUCCUGGUGUGUGCUGCAGAUUUCCGUGUUCAUCAACGAAAAGGGACGCAACUCCGGACUUCGCAAAGCAGUUGCGAUCUAUAUUGUUGACAUCGGAAGUGCCAGAGUCUACAGGUGCUCGACUUCCUUGGUGGUUUAUCAUGUUUGGGUGGUUCCUGGUUGUUGCAGGCACAUUGGUUCCCGCCUUUUUCGUUCUUCUCUACAGUAUGCAAUGGGGGAAGCAGAAAUCAGAGGAAUGGCUCACAUCCUUCCUUCUGUCAAACUUUGAAUCCAUGCUUUUUGUUGACCCAGUCAUGGUGAUGUGUUUUGCCUUUGUUCUCGCCUGCCUUUUCCGAAAGUCGAAAGGGGAAGCAAAUGUUGAUAUGGACAACGUAGUUCAGAAUUAUAAAAAGCUUACAGGCGAAGACAAGACGAAUCCUAGAAACGUGUCGAUGCCCAUGAAUCAAAAAGAGAUGAAAAAGGCGGCAAAGCAAAGGCGACCGGAACUGAACUUGAUCAAAUGCAUCCUGGACUUCAUCUUGACUACACUUCUCAUGUUUAUUGUCUGCGUUAUAGCGUUUGCUAACCGGGAUGAUAUGUCUUACUAUCAUCGACAGGAGCUUAUGCGGCACUUCGUUUCGCCAGCACACCUUCCAACUUUUGAGUCGAUUAUAACUCAAAAGGAUAUGUUUAAUUGGAUCAAAUACACGAUGAUACCAAACCUGUUUCCGGAGACCGAUAUCAACGGGGAUGCUUUACACUGGUAUUACCGCACAUUUAUGACAGGCCUGAACAACUACAGGUUAGGGCCCCCGAGACUGCGUCAGCUGCGUACACAUGCAGGUUUCUGCAACAUACCAUACUUUGGUAAUAACACCUGCUACGGAGGAUACAACCUUCUAGAUGAGGAGACGGAGGGCUACUGUAUAGGAUGGCAAUCCAAACCGUGUUCUAUGGUCCAACAAACCUUCAACAUAACCGUAGACGCUUGGUCUUUUACUUCAGCGCUCGAUAUAUGGGGUCUACCGCUAACUGGUUUCUACACGACAUACGGGGGCGGAGGAUACAUCUCGCCAUUUGAUGUUAACAAGAAUGUGAGUGUGGACAUCGUCGAAGAAUUAGUUAAAAACCUGUGGAUCGAUCGUCAAACUAGAGUGGUGUUGUUUGAAUUUACAUUGUUUAGUCCAGAAACAAACAUGUUCAUCUACAACGUCUUCAUGGUUGAGUUUCCGCAGACAGGUGGAGCAUUUAAAACUUACUGGAUCUAUCCGAUCAAAUUGUAUAACCACGUUGGACCGAACGGCAUGUUUGCCCUUGUAUGUGAAGUCAUAUUCGUUAUCUAUCUUCUGGUCUUGUUUUUCAAAAUAUGCUUGCGAAUAUAUCAGCAAAGGCUGAAAUACUUUGGCCAAUUUUGGCAAUCCUACGAGUGUGUACUAUUUCUAUUGGGUGGAUCAACAUGUGUGAUUUAUUUCAUAAGGUCGGGCUUUACAGAUAGUACCAUCAGCAAAUACAGAAGCGACUUUAAACGGUUUGUGAACUUUAGCCAUAUAGUGCUUUGGGACGAAAUUCUAGGUGUCUUGUUAGCAAUAAUAGUCUUUAUGUCAACUAUUAGAAUACUUGAAGUAUUUGCUACCUUAAAGAAGGUUAGUAGCAUUGUGAAAGUAUUUGAGCAGUGCGGAAAAGAUUUGUUCUGGUAUGGAGCUACGUUUGUGUACAUACUUCUAGGAUUUGCUUUCUUCGGGUGGUUUUUAUUCGGACCAUAUCUACUGUCGUACAUGAGUAUCUACAAAUGUUUGACCACUUUGUGCCUUUCAAUGAUUGGUAAGAGCACGUUUACGGAAAUAGACGAAACGAAUCCGAUCUUGGCUAAAAUAUUUUUCACCUUUUACAUAAUUGCAGUAGUGUUUUUUAUAUUAUCAAUAUUUUUGUCAAUACUUGGUGCAAGUAUAGACAACGUUGUCGACAACAAGACAGAGGAAACACACAAAGACAUUAUUAAAUACAUGAGGGCUAAGUUUACAAAGAUGUUCAAUAAAAGUGGAAACAAAGAAAAGCAUGUCAACGUGCCACUUGUAAGAGAAGAGGUCAAGCAGCCGACGCUAUACAAGUUGUACAAUAUGGAGAAUAAGGGAACGCAUAAGAAAAGCUAUUGCAAACCAGGAGGACGAAAAUAGCAAGCCUCUAAGAAAACGCCGAAGAUGCAUCAAACCGCUAUCAGGCACUUUUGAUUCGGUGUAAAUGUUUGAGCUUACAUGUGAUAUUAAACGUGUAAUAAUAUGCAUAAAUAUGCAUCGAAUUUUUGAUACCAUUGUUUGGAUACUGCUUAACUGAAAAAACUCAAUAAUCUACAUCGAUGUUAAAUGUUCCUUCGAUAUUAUGGACGUUUUGAUGAAACCAAUUUAUGGUGCGAUUUGUUCCGUGGCAUUUGUUUCAACACCCAACAGUACCGAUGAUAACAUUUUAAUGUAAACAUGUUCUCCGGGAAGCAUAUUAUACGUUUGGUGAUGCAGACGAUCUUUUUUGUGAAUAUAUUUUUUAUCUGCAUUAUUGUUUGUACAGAUUCAUG